AUCACGGAAUAUAACGACGAAGAGCGACAGUUGUCCGUACACUGGGACGUGCGUUUACGGACGAGAACGCUUAUUUUGACAGGAAAACAGACUUUACUUACCUUUCAUUACAAAAACAAGGAAGUUAUUUGAGGAAACAUAAGUUUAAGAGACACGAUGAAUAUAAAAGAUGUUCCGGCACUUUCCAUGUUAGUUUUGUGGACGAUACUUCUACUAUUACCGGUAAAUAUACAUGGAUUUCCUUACCACUACCAGGAAGACACGUCCGCUACAGAUAAUGACAAUACAUAUCUACCAUCCAAGAGAAACGGGGACGGGCUGACGUCCCUUUGUCCCGGGGGUGUGAACAAACUCCGAUGCAUACAUUCCUACCUAAGUCUCUACGCCCGGAUCCAGAACGGACUCACGGAUCCCGUCUCCGUAAGGAACAUCGGGAAACGAAAUAUGCCCUACGACAAAAAGGGAGUGUUGAUGUGCCCUCCAAGCAUGGAUAAAAUUAAGUGUUAUGACAACGCUAUUGAGUACUACAUCCGGGUUAUGAAGAUGAUGUCAUCUUAAUAGAAUUUGAUUACGUCAUAUCUGACGCAUGUGCAGAAUGUGGUGAUGGUGAUGAGAACUUUUGUUGUCUUUUUCGUUCGAAUUUAUUUGGAAGUUGUUUUGACAGGUGAAAAUGAUUCUAUUAAUAAAGUAUUUUUGAGAUUACA